CACUGGUACAGUCCACCAUCACACGGGGUUUCCCAUAAGUUGUUUUCGUCAUGUGUCUUUGAUGAAGUUUUAUCACUCAUUGCCCUCCUAUUCAAAAGUGGUCUUUAGAAAGAUGUCUAGAGCAGUGAGACAGAGCCAAAAGGCAGCGCCAGUCUGUUUGCCGGACGUAGCAGACUAUGAACCAAGAAAAUUCCUGAGAUGCCAUGGAAAUAGUGAUGAUGAUGGUAUCAAAGUGUGGUCUUGUGCAUUUGAGCCCUCUCCACACAAACCAGGUGAGACAGGAAACAUUCUUGCAACCUGUGGAAGAGAUACUGUAUGCCUUAUUGAUGUGCUAACCGGCAAGAUCAUGAAGAGAUUUAAGGAUCCUGACAAGGAGAACUUUUACUCCCUAGCAUGGACAGUUUUGGAGCAAGAAGGAAAAUGUGCCAGUAUUCUAGCUGUGGCAGGUGAAGGAGGAGCAGUGAAAAUGAUUUACCCAGAUCAGCUGGUUGUGUAUGAUGUCAUUAGAGGCCACAGAAGAGGGAUCAAUUGUCUCUGCUUUCAUUCAUCUGAGCCUCGUCUGCUCUUCAGUGGAUCUACAGAUAGAAGCAUUAUGCUCUGGGAUAUCGGUUUACCAGGUAUGAAGGUUGUAAAUCACAGUCCACUUUUACAAAUCAAUUUAUCUGACAUGGUGGGGGACCCUCUGAGCUUGAUGUUCAGUGCCAGCAGCAAUACACUGGUGUCAGCAACAGAGAAGGGAUGCUUUGGAUGGGCUUUGGGAAGAGUUAGCCAUCUUGCUUCCUCUAAAGAUGUCAUUAAAACACCAAAGAUGUCAUUUCAACAUCCUGAGGAUGGCUGCAGUCUUGAAACUAUUGAUGGUCUGGUGUCUCUUGGUGGUGGAUUUGUUGCCACAAAACGUGUUGGAGCUGGUGAAAUUUUAGUUUGGAACUUGGAGGAACACAUGAAGAGCAAAGCUAAAAACAUUUCAAUAACUCCAUUUGUAAAAUUACAGUGUUCCAAAACAGACGUAAAGUAUAUAAGUUUGGGAUAUUCUGCUGGAUUGCUGUGUCUAGGAGAUAAUGAAGGAAAAAUCUACUUGUACAAUCUGAAAGAUUUGCCAAAGACUAGCAUGCCCCUAUUGAAACCAUCUCGAGUACUUGAAUGGCCACAAGUGGAUAAUUUGAAGACAGACAAGGAAGGAGAGGUUGUGAUAAACACAGUGGCCAUCAGUUCAGACCACAGAUUUAUUAUUGGUGGAACAGACAAUAAUCUUGUGUGUGUGUGGCAACAAAUCUAGAAAAUGUGUUUAAAAUUGUUCCCCAAAAAACAGGAAAGAAGAGAUUUCAAUAAUAUAUUGACAACUGUGCAGCAAGAGUGACACAAUAGAAUCAUGGACUUGUAUAGGUGAAUUGCCUGCCAAGACCAACGCUUAGCCUCUUGCGAAGUGAUCCGCUGUUAGUCUCGGCGAGCCUGGAAAAAAUCGUCUGGCAGCAGUCCAGUAAUGGAAGUUCGUGAUAGAACAGUCGACUCAUACCACAAAGUCUGCACAAGAUUCCAUUUUGAUAAUUUUCAAGGAAAGGGCUGCCUGAAAGAAGGAAAUUUUAAUGUCUUCUUUUAAAUGUAAUAAUUGACAAUUAUCUGCAUCUUUUAAACAUCAAUUGUUUUGUUUAUUUUAACAAGAAAAAUGUGGACAUUUUAUCACAGGUUUGACAAAGAAUAGGUUCGUGGUUUACUUUUAGAACAGUUGUGAACAAAAAUUGCAUAUCAUUUACAAAAAAAUAUCCUUCUGGUCUCCUUAAAAUUUUUCAAUGUGAUCUAGAUUAUCAACACAAAAGAUUGCAAUAUAAAACUAUGCAUAUCCAUGGUCACAUAAUAUCAAAAUUGAAAUGAAAGUAGUUACACAAGAUGGAACAACAAUCAAGUGUAUUUGCCUUGGAGCACUGUUCUAAUGUUUACUCCAACUCCUGACCUCCAAAAAUAAAAUAAUAAAAUUGAAAA